AUGCGAGAAGAAUUCAGCACUCUCUUCCCUCUGUGUACACACGAACGAGCGCUAUCCACUAUUAGUAGGGCAAGAGCGGGAGCAAGAGAAAAACUCACUGUGCAAGAAAAGCUCGCUUACGCCGGGAUUCGAACCCCUGACCUGACCUCUAGACGGGUUCGAGGUUUCCAACUAGACCACCGGGGCGACCGGUCAGAGAUAACCUCGCCCUCGGCGAGGGACGAGGUGGCCAUAUCUCGGCGAGUGCAGAGGUACAAGCUCGCAUUGCGCGGGCGUCAAGACGCCGAAAACAGGCGAACAAGAUCGACCUCGGACCAGUCAACGCCAAUGAUAUGGGGAUGGAGUGUAGACGCAUCGUAGAACGCGUUUUCGUUUGAAGUUGACGUCUUGUUUGAGAGUAGAUGUGACAGAUUUGCGUAGAAUAGGGUAAGAUGUUAUCAUGAACGGAGAUGAAAGGGCUUUUCCAACACGGAGAUGUAGCAUGGAUCAAAGCAUUUGUUGGAUUUCAGCUUUUACAAGCGGACAUCAACGCAGUAGUAUUUUAGCAAGCUUACGAACGCAUAUAGGAUACCAUCAGGAUU